GUGAGCCGGAGCUGCUGAACCGCAGCUUGUCCAUGUGGCAUGGGCUGGGUGCGCAGGUCAGCCGGGAGGAGCUAGCCGUCCCCUUGGAUCUUCACACAGCUGCUUCCAUUGGCCAGUAUGAAGUGGUGAAGGAAUGUGUGCAGCGGUAAGAGAUCUUGGAAAAUGUUCCUUCCUCUUGGAUUUUUGAGCUCCAUGGUUCAGCUCUCAGGUGGAGCCAUCAGGGAGCUAGCGGGGGCCUUGCCCACAGCUGUAGACAUUUAAUCCUUGGGUGGAUCAACUGCUGCUUCUCUUGGGCUGUUGUCAGGGAUGAUUUAUGCUGGACGCCAAUAAGGAAGGCAGUUUUGAUUCUGAGGAAGAAAAAGGCAGCUUAAACUUUUUUCAUAGGCUUAGAAAUUGUUCAUUUCAGGCUUACUUUAACCAGAGUAAUUUUAUGGUUUUCACUAAUUGCAGAAAUGCUCAAACAAAACAAAAAUAAAGAUUGAAAGCAAUGCCCUAUGGCCUUCUUUCCCCAGAAGCUUCAUUUUAAUCCCUCCUGCCGCCCUCUCCCCUUUAGCUUCUGCCAUAGAGGAGGAGGUGGGGUUAUCCCCACCUGGAGGAUUGCACCUUACUCACUGCCCACAUGCUGUUUUCACUGAUCUUACGUGCAUAUUAGGUCCCCCUAAACAGCACUGCUUAUUAGCGCCUUCUUGUUUGAAGUACGGUUUGAUACUCAGUGUAAUUUUUAGAAAGGGAUCCAUCUUCUCAUCUCUUCCCACUUUGUCCGCCAUACUUUGUGCUCACUGUUAUCAUCUCAUUGAUAACUUAGAGAAACAACCUAUGUCCAUACCUACCUGGGCCUUUUCCAGUUCCAGCUUGGGGAGUUACAGCAGAGCCUCGUGGAAGCCCCGUUUCUGGCUCCCAGGUCGUAGCCAUCACUUAUGAGCAUCUGGCCAGUUGGUACUUCUGUACCGGGCAGGUGUGCAGGCAGCACAUCCCCCGACAGGGUCACCACGACCCCACCUGUAGUUCUGCUCCUUUAACAUUCACAGCCUUUAAGCCUUCGGGUGUGCUGUUAAAAUGAACAGUCCAGAACAGCUCUAGGAAGUGUUUGUGUUCUGAUUGGGGUUGUGACACCUGCUGAGAUGGAGGCUGGUGCACAGUAAACACACUGGGGACCCGAGGGGGAUUUGGAGGGGUCAGAAGGGAGGAUUCGGCUGAAGGGGGUUGCCAGAGCCCCAGGGCCGCUCUGCUAAGGGGUGGUGGUGGGGGCGCCUCCCUGUCCAUGUGGGACGGCGUGUGGUGAGAAUGGGCUGGUCUCCAGGUGGCUCUCCCGGCUAGUGGCUACCCCUGCAUUCCUGGGAUCAGGACCUGGGAAAUGGCUGCCUGGGUCCAAAGCCAGGGUCAGUAAAACGUGCUGGUGAAUGGAAACUAAUUGUCUGGUGUAGCUUAGUGUGUGUAUCUAGGAGAGGCACGAACUGCGUGGGUCGACUGUCACUUGGUACCUCCACUGGAGGCAAGGAUUGUGGAGGAGGAAAGACUGGGGCGUGAAACAGGCAGGAUGCUCCUGGAAGUGGGUCUUACUUCCAUCCCCCGACCCCAAACUCUGGGUUGGGAAGCCUGCAUUGUUUUUCCUGUGGGAAACGCUUUUCCAGAAUUGUAAUGAAAAUCAGUGAGAAAGACAGGAUUCUUUGGUCACAGAUUUUUCCAGGAAUGUUUCUGUAGGGUGGGACGACAAAGGAGAAAUUGUCCACUGUCUGAGUCCCCUCCUCUUUCCUCUCCCCUCAGUUCUGGACUAGCAGACUGGUCUGUUGGCGGGAGGUAGUCAAGGCUCCAGGUCAGCGUUUCUCGGCCUCGGCACUACUGACAACCUGGGCCAGCUCAUUCUUUGUUGUGAGGGGCGUCCUGUGCACUGUAAGAUGUUGAGCAGCAUCCCUGGCCACUGGAUGCCAGUAGCUUUUCCCUCUCCAGUUGUGACAACCAAAAAUGUCUCCAGACUUUGGCAACUGUCCCCUGGGGGCAAAAUCUCCCGUGGUUGAGAACCAUCUAUGUAGCUGGUGGUAGCAAAAAAGAGAAUUGCUGGCCUUAGGGUAGGAGGAGGGUGCAGAUGAGAAUGAAAAAUCAGAGGAGGGAGGCAAACUUGAGGGAGUUUGCAAAGGCAGUUGUCCGGCAAGUGUAGUCACUCCCCCCCCUCCCCGCCAGUGAUGUCCAGGGUGGCAUAUGACUCUGCUUCCUGUCAGCACUUCCUGCUCUUUCUCUUGGCCUGGCCUGGCCACCGGCUUUGGUAAACCCCACCUAUGAGAUGGCUGGCGUGUCUAGCAUGUCUUGCGUUUGUUUAGGAGAGAGUUAGAUUUGAAUAAGAAGAAUGGUGGUGGCUGGACCCCGCUGAUGUAUGCCUCCUACAUUGGACACGAUACCAUCGUGCACCUGCUGCUCGAGGCGGGGGUGAGCUACGAGGGCCUCAGGCCAGAAACCUGAGGGGCCCCCGGCCGCUCUGCAGAGACGUGAACCACUGCAGGCCCCUGUAGCGUGCGUGUGCUCGGCAAGGUGCUGAGCUAGAAAUGAAGGACAUUCAAGGCUGGACUGCCCUCUUCCAUUGCACCAGUGCUGGGCACCAGCAGAUGGUCAAGUUCCUUUUGGACAGUGGAGCGAACGCCAAUGUGAGGGAGCCCGUAUAUGGAUUCACUCCUUUGAUGGAAGCGGCUGCUGCUGGCCAUGAAAUAAUCGUGCAGUAUUUUCUGAAUCAUGGAGUCAAAGUGGACACAAGAGACCACAGUGGAGCCACAGCCCGGAUGCUGGCCAAGCAGUAUGGACACAUGAAGAUUGUGGGGCUGAUAGACGCUCACUCACCUUCUCUGCCUAACAGCCUCUACCGGAGCCCAGAAAAAUACGAAGAUCUGAGCUCUUCAGAUGAAUCCUGCCCUGUCCCUCAGAGACAGAGGCCCUGUCGGAAGAAGGGCCUCAGCAUCCACGAGGGGCCGCGAGCCUUGGCCAGGCUCACAGCUAUUGGACUCGGAGGCAGGAUACAGCAGCCUUGCUAUGAACAGGUGCCUCCACGGGGCUACGUCACCUUCAACAGCAGCGAUGAGAACCCCCUGGAAGAGGGGGGCCUCUGCUACAGGGACGUCACCUCCCCCAUCAAUGAGCGGGAUGUGGAGAGCAGCAGCAGCAGCAGCCGGGAAGAGCACGCCUUCUGUGCCCACCUCGGGGCCGCGCGGAGCAGCAGCAGCAGUGAGGGCCUGGCCCGGGCCCCGGAACUCAGCAGCGAGGCCUCCCUGGAGAGCAACGAGGAUUCGGACCAUGCGCGGAAAAGCUCGGUUCGCAAACAAACUAAAAGCUACGUGAAGACCAAGAAUCGUUACAGCAGCAGCGACAGCCAGUGGCCUCCUGGCACCGGGACUUCCUGUGCCCCAAGAUUGAUCCCCCAGACUGACAGGUCCCCCUACUCAGGACCCCAGGACCUCGCCACACUGCUGGAGCAGAUUGGCUGCCUCAAAUACCUGCAGGUGUUUGAGGAGCAGGACGUGGACCUCCGCAUCUUUUUGACCCUCACUGAGAGCGACCUGAAGGAAAUCGGCAUCACGUUGUUUGGGCCCAAGAGAAAGAUGACCUCUGCCAUCGCCCGCUGGCACAGCAGCGCCCGCCCCCCCAGUGAUGCCUUGGAGCUGGCCUACGCCGACCGGCUUGAAGCCGAGAUGCAGGAGCUUGCCAUCCAGCUGCACAAACGCUGUGAGGAGGUGGAGGCCAUGCGGGGCCUGGUGUCACAGGAACAGGAGCUGCGGGCCGUGGUGGAAAGCUGCCUCCUGGAACAGGACGGCGCCCGCAAGGACGUCCAUGCACAGUUGCAGGAGACCUGGGCCCUGGCCCGGGACGCUGCGCUUGUCCUGGACCAGCUGCAGGCAGACCAGGCAGCAGAGGGGCCCCGUGUGGGUCUUUUCUCUGCCCGGGCUGCACAGGCACAGGCUGGCAGGGCGCACAGGGCAGAGCCCCGCCUCACACUCUGGGAGAAGGGUGUCUGCGAUCGCCUGGCCUCUCCCCUCACCAGCGAUUGGUUCUCGUGUCCGGCAGAGCCUGUCAAGCUGAGCUGUCCGCCCGAGUGCAGCAGGAUGAAUCCCCGCUCGAGGCCAUGCUGGGCCCAGGCCUCCCCACAGCUGACUCCAAAGGCUGGCAGGCCGCCUUGCAGGCCCUGAGCCUCCCUCAGCUGUCGGGAGCCCUGGAGGAUCGAGUCCAGGAGAUGGGUGAGUCCAGGGGGCCAGACAGCCCACCAGCCCUCAAGGUCAUCCAUUCCUGUGUCCUCGAGCCCUCCAGACUGUGAAGCAGUAACUGUCUGCCCCCGUUCUCAGGGCGAGUGCUGUGCUUAGUGACCCAGAGCCUGGAGAAGCUGCAAGUGCUGAACGGGAAGGAGAACUGGCGGGAGCCUUAGCCAGGGGGACGGUGAGUGUCUGUCCGUCCAGGACCUCGGCCCCAAGAGCAGGGCAGCUGUGCAGCCGAGCGAGCGCCCCCCUCAGUCUUCCCUUUCCCUUCUCAGAAUCUGACGUGGGGUGACUGAUCCACCCUGAAGCUGUGUGCCCAGAGGACAGAAGGCCAGCGAGCGGGCAGCUGCAGUGGCCAGGGCCAGAGGAUCGGGCCCCAGGAGCAGCUGGCAGACAGGACGGGGCUGUGGCCGGUGCGAGGGCAGCAAGGCCCGCACUGAGGCAAGACGAGGGUCUGUUAUCCAGACCAGGAGUGGGGCCCAGAGCAGGCAGGGCCUUGGGGAGAGCGUGUCCCCACACACCACAGGCGCCACACUGAGGUUCGCCCAGACAGGUGAGGACUGGGGCGGGGUGCCUGGGCAGCAUAUGUCAUUUGCUGGAAAAUAAAAUUUAAGAUUGGCUGGU